UGAACAUUGAGAACAUCCACUACGACUCCGUUGGAGCAUUAUUACCUGUCGACAGUAUCGCUAUCAUAUCCAUACGAGGCUUUAAAAGCAUUCCUCUAAUACCAUAUUCUGCUCGAAAAGUCGACAUCUGGCACUAUGAACAAUGGCGCGCAGGGCCAGCCCGCCCAAGGCCAACCCAACGGGGGGCAGCAGCAGCAGCAGCAGCAGCAGCCACAGAAACGGCAGAUGGUGAUGUACAGACCAGAGCAGAUGCGCAAUCUACCUGAGCAAUUUACACAGGCGGAAAAGGAGAAAUGGGAGGCUGGGCUAAGAGCUCUGUGGGGAUCGAUUGAGAACAAUGGCCCGGAAACGCAACAACAUCAAGAAGCCAAGCGGAAACUCUUUGAGUUCUCGAAGACUCUCACUCAAAAGUUACAGACCUUCAGAGCCCAGGCAGCGCAAGCAGCGCAAGCAGCUCAACAAGCUGGUGGAGCCAGGCCUGCUAGCCAAGGGCAACCUCCAGGCCAAGGAGGAGAGAACAAUGGGGCGAAUACCAACGGAGCUCAGCAACGACCGCAACCCAAGAUCUCCGCCAAGAUAAUGGAACAUAUCACCAAUUUCCCAUAUGUUCUCCCUCCACAACUUACCCAAGGUACACCAGAAGCUGCAAAAUGGCUACAGGAGGCGAAGGGUAGAUAUGUCAAAGGACUUGUUGCUAUGGAGAGCGCAACGGCACGGCUGGCAGCUCUUGACUCAAUGCAACAGAAGAGAAACGAGGAAGGGAAACCUUUCACUCCAGAGGAAGAGAAAGAGUUCAAGGAGAAGAAGGAAGCUGCUCAAAAGACGCACAGCGAAGCGAAGAACUUUGUGGACACUUUCCGGCAGCAACAGAAGAUGGCGGGUCAGAAGGCUAAUCAGCAAGGCAAUGGACCGCAACAAGGAGGAAACGGAAACCAAAAUGGUGGACAAGCACCUGUUCGACCUCAGAUGAAUCUUCAACAACCACCUAAUCCCGCCCUCCAGAAUACCCAGACAGUCAAUGCUGCUAUUGAAGCAGCCCGAAACCAGCAGAUGGGUGGAGCUAGACCACCUAUACAGCAAAAUGCGCAACCACCCCAGAUGCAAAACGCACCUUCCAAUCCAAAUAUACCCCAGCACCAAGGUGGUCAGGUUCAGAAUAUCAAGCAGGAGGCAGGAGUACCCCAGAUCAACACUCAGAUGCAAGGGCGGCCGAUGCAGAAUAACUCGCCUCAGUCUGCAGUGCCACAAUCAGCGCAGUCUGUUGGCCCUCAAUCAGCGACAGCUCCGCAAGUCCCACGACCUUUGACCCACCAAGCUGCGUUACAGAACGCUGCACGCACAUACUCGAGCACUCAAGCAUCAGGAACUCCAAACGUCAUGGGUCAUUCGCAUACACAUCCGUCAGCCCCACGGGAGACUCCAAAUGUCAUGACAAAUAAAAUGCCCAUCCCCAAACAUCUCCCAGAACGAGCAGCAGCACUACCACAACCCGUCCCGAUGGCACAACCAAGGCCGACUUUCUCUGGUGGCCCAAGCAACGUUGGUAAUGGAGUCAUGUCUCAACCAGUUCUUCAAAAGACACCAGGAUAUAACCUGGAGGGCGACGGUGACCGUGUCUUGAGCAAGAAGAAACUCGACGAGCUUGUUAGGCAGGUUACAGGCGGAGGGGAAGGACUUGGAGGUGGAGAGAGCUUGACUCCAGAAGUUGAAGAGUCCAUCCUCACCGUUGCUGAUCAAUUCGUCGAUCAAGUUCUACAGGCAGCAUGCAAGAAUGCAAAAGAACGCGGCUCUAAAAUACUCGAGAUCCGUGAUAUCCAACUCACUCUGGAGCGUGGCUACAACAUUCGCAUCCCGGGUUACGCUAGCGACGAGAUCCGUACCGUUAGGAAGAUACAGCCUGCUCCUGCUUGGAUCAGCAAGAUGAGUGCUGUCCAGGCCGCAAAGGUUACAGGUGGCAAGAAUAUGGAUUAAGGGCUGGCAUCUUGGAGUUAGAUCUAGGGUUGGGUCUCGCGUUGCUGGCGUUGCUGGUGUAGCUGCGUGGAAUGGGUUCGGCAUGGAUAUACGGGCGUUCAAUCCGGUGUACACGAUGUCUGAUGGGGAUUUCACAAUAGGACUUCCGCACUAUGCUUUCUACCUUGGGUGGUAUGCUGCAUUUUCUGAUACAAAUACUUGAUCGCCUUUGAAUCUUCCAGUCUAAAAUGUAGUAUCACGUGACUUGAUGUCAGCUUUUUUGGAAAUGUGGAUGUUGUUGCUGC